UGCCAUAUAUAACCGAGCCGCUGCUGCAGUGCCCGCCUGGGAUCCUCAGCCAGGGCGCCGCCGGGGGCAGGCACGGCGCCGCGCUCCCCUCAGCACCCGCCGGGACCCUCCUCGCCAGGGCCGGGCCGCUCCCGCCGCCUGCCCCGCUCCGCCCCACACAGCGCCAUGGGCCCAGCGCUGCUCGCCCUCCUGCUGCUGGCCGUGCCCGCUCUCUCUCUUCCCGUGACAAACGACAUGAAUAAAGGGGACACCAAGGUGAUGAAGUGCAUCGUAGAGGUCAUCUCUGAUACUUUAUCGAAGCCAAACCCACUGCCAAUCAGUGAGGAAUGCCUGGAAACACUCCGAGGAGAUGAACGAAUCAUUUCGAUCCUUCGCCACCAAAAUUUACUGAAGGAACUCCAGGAAAUUGCUGCUCAAGGUGCCAAUGAGAGGACUCAGCAGCAGAAGAAAAACAAUGGCUUUGAAGAUGAACUUUCUGAAGUCCUUGAAAGUCAGAAUGAUGAGAACAAGCAAAGAGAUGCAGCGUGGCAGCACCCCGAGGAGGAGCAGCCCACGGAGUCCCUGGCUGAGCUACCAGCACAGAAAACCCAGCAAAAAGAAGAUUUGAGAAAGGAGGGGAAGAACGGCCUGGAGGAGAGGGAGCCCAGGCCACGGGAUGCUGACCCUGGUGAGAAGGAGGACCAGGAGGAAGCAGAGAGCAAUGAGAUCAGGGACACGGAGGAUGCCCAGGGAGAAGAAGCUUUGGAAAACCACAUCAGCAAAGAUCCGAGUGAGGAUGAGCUGCAGCCCCGAGAGGAUGAAGAGGAGCAGCCCGGAGGCCCCAGGGACAGCCUGGAGACUGAAGAGGAGGGAGAGCAGCCUUCCAGGCAGGGCCAGGAGCAGAGCAAGGAGGCAGUGGGGAAGCGCAUGGAGCGGGAGGAUGACGGAGAAGAUACUCUGGCAGAGGAGGACCCUACUGAAGCAGAGAGGUCGCUUGACUUGGCUGAGGAGGAUGUGGGGGCUGAGGAGAUGCAGGGAGAGGACAGUAACGACGAUGCUCUGGGAUUUGGCAAAGAUGGGCAGAGCUCUGAGGAGGAGGAGGAGGAGCAGCCACGUGCACUGAGACGAGGAAGGCAUCGCCUGGAGGAUGAGGGGAUGCAGGCGGAUGAGGACACCUUCCAGCCCAGGCAUGCCAAAAGCGAGGAAAUGGAGGACGAGUCCUCCAGGGAGUGGGAAGACUCCAAGAGGUGGAACAAAAUGGAUGAGCUGGCCAAGCAGCUGACAUCGAAGAAGCGCAUGGAGGAAAAUGACAGUGGAGAAGACCCAGACAGGUCCAUGAAAAUGGCAUUCAGGUCCCACAAGUAUGACUUCAGCAGCCCAGAGGAAGGUGUGAGAAGGUCACGGAAGCAUCACUCAAAGGAGGACAGCAGUGAAGGAGGCUUUCCGCUUGCUCCCAUGCCUGAAGAAAAGAAGGAUGAGGAAGGCAGUGCUAACAGGAGAACAGAGGACCAGGAGCUGGAGAGCCUGGCGGCCAUCGAGGCCGAGCUGGAGCGCGUGGCCCACAAGCUGCACGAGCUGAGGCGGGGCUGAGGGCUGGCGGCCACCCCCUUCCCUCCCCGCCGCGGUCUCCCUUCCCAAUCUCUCGGCGAGUACGACGGAGCAGCAGCACCGCGCCUCGACGCCGGCCACGUGGGCGCCCAGGCCUGCCUCCCUCGCAGUAGUGUUGUGCCCAUCACCGCUUCUUGCCCUCACGCUCCUCUGCCCCCUACGGAUGUCCAACCGCCCCGACGGGCCACCGUAGCCAAGAAGUGCGACCUGCACCUGUAUUUUCUUUCUUUUCUCUCUCUCUCUCUCUCUCUCUCUCUCUCUCUCUCUCUCUCUCUCUCUCUCUCCUUUUUUUCCCCCCUUUCUGUUUUUUAAAUGACAGGACAGCUUUCUAGAAAGUUCUCCUCCCACCGGUAGUUUCACUGGGUAAAAUUGCAAUAACUUGUUACCUUUUGAUUAAAAGCUGAGAACUCUGACUGUAAUAUAUUCUAUAUAAAAAAAUUUAUCUAAGGAAAAAUAAAACCGUGGUGGGCUCCUUGUUUUAUUUGCCAGCUUUGGUCUCAGUCGGCGGCAGGGCUGUCCGGCCCCUGCGGGGAGCAGGGAGCCACGGUGUCCCCUCACAUCUCGGUGGCGUUUCCAGCCCUACCGCUGCCCAGCCCUGCGGGCACCUCCCUGGGGCCAAGGCAGGGGUUUUGGAUCUUCAACAUUGUGUAAAUACUUGAGAAAGUCAAGUUAUUCAGGCAACACGAGUGGGUUUUAAUAAAAAGCUGAUAAAUGGGCUAGUCAUGAGGAAAACCAUGAGGCACGGUCUGGCGGCGCCAUCUUGUGCUUUCCUUCCCCUCAGGCACUGGUGCUGCAGUGGAAGCACCCACGUCCUUGGGCGUAGGCUGGGUGCCAGCUGGGGGGCUGGGCAGUCUGCGGCUGGGGAGGUUUGCCCCUAAAAGUCUCUGAACAUGAGAAUUCCCCCUGCUAAAAUGGAAGAAAGUGUUUUUAGUGGGUGUAGGAAUAUGCCUAAUAGCUGUGACAGUGAGGUCAGAAUUAAACUCAAAGUAUUCCUGUACUCUGUUAAAAACAUGAGCCGUGUUGGCUCAUGCAGUGAAUUGGACUGGAUUUGGGUGUGUGGACUUCCCUCGGCACAGAGGAGGGAAACUGCACGACCAGCAGGGAUGGACCUGACCCCAAGAGUCCCCUACACACAUAGCGAGAACAAUUCACUGCCUUUGCUUGCUACAGGUAUUGUUGUGCCUGCGUUGCUGAGGGAUGAUUCCAACACCUCCAUCUAUACCUGGAUCCUCUCUAACUUCAACAAGCUUCAGUAAUUUCUGUGGCCAUGUAAACACAACAGAAUCCACGCAGGAUGUGAAACUCACCCAGUCAAAAGCUCAACUUUUGAUGGCCUGGAUCCACACAGAGUGAACAGGGAAAGGAAAGGUAGUGAAGAUGUGGAAAGUACUUUUCUGGAGGUUACAAUCCUCUGAAAUAGAUAUUAAAGCAAUAUUACAAAUAAAAUCAGCAAUGUGAUCUGCAACGGUGUGUCUGUUUAUCUAUGAAAGCAAGAGGAGAUUAUAUUAAAGGAAAUAUUUUAAUCUACACAAAGCAUUUUCACAUACUGCUAUUACAGAACACACGGUUGCAACACCAUAAAGUAAUUGUAUACUGAUUACAAAAAUCAAUACAUCUCUUACUAAAAAGGAGAGAGGGGAAAAAAAAUAGCAGGGUAAUGCAAGUGAACUCCUGCAAGUGUGCACAUGGGGAGACUGCUACAGACUCAAAAUAGACUCUAUUCACUAAAAAAAUACAAACCCCAAAACUUUCUGCACGGCUGUGGAAGGCAAGGCUGUAAGCUAGUGUGAAAAAGCCUGACUCACUUGUCACUGCUGCCACACGAAGACUUUGGGAAACCAGUGUUAGUCGAAGAACUGAUAAGCCUGGAACUUAUUUUUGUUGGAGGGAAACAAAAGUUUCCAUUUUUCCUUUUUUGCUCUAUUAUUAUUAUUAAUUAUUCUUGCCAGUCAACUCAAACACCUCUGGCCACCUUUACUCUGUUGCCUUUGGACUGUGUCCUGCCACUUUUAUCUACACUGCUCCCUGGCUGGACACGGCCUGUGGUUAGCAGGAGAGCUUUAGGCCGUAUCUCGAGCCAUCCUCAUUACUCUCAGCUCCUCCUGAAGCCACAGGGUGAGGUUCUCGGUUCGUAUCCAUCUGUUAGGACAGCAAAUUAAGCUGGUGGUUCUCCAUCUGAGCAACCUGCUGCAGACCUCUGUGCAGACACUGACACAUUUCAAAUGGGGAUCGUUAGUCAAUUUUCUCAUUCCAACAGUCCGAAGAGUAUUAACAAAAGCAGCACACCUCAUCCACCAGCCGGCCCAGUCAACAGGCAGCUACACACGGAGCCUGGAAUAGCCAGGCACGUGGUUAGCCAGGGCAGAAAAGCAUGGGCCGGGCGGUGGGUGUGUUACACGAACCCCAGGCGUCAACACCGACACUCACGUUUCUGCAGCUGAGCUUUCUGUAAGGAUCUGAACGUCCUGGUGCCGUCAUUGCAAACCCGACCAUAACAUGGCAAAGACAGCUACAGAGGGAGGAUGAUGGUGAUGGCUUUGCGCCACGGGCACUAAUGACACCAUUCAAGUUCUCUUCAAUCAGGAAAAAUCUCCAUCUACUGAAGCCAAGCACAUAAUUAGAGCGGAAAGCACAGUCCGAUCUCCUCCCUCACGCUGACAUAAAGCCUGGAGAAGUUCCAGUCAAGGUAAUGGUGUUUUUGUGGAUUUAUAACAGUGAAGCAGAACAGAAAUAGAUCCGUAGGAAGCUAACUGGUGACUAUGUAAUUUUAACACAAUUGCUCCAAUCAACACAGCAAUAAUAACUAUGCCUCUGAAAACACAGCAGAACCUUUUCUAACCCACAAUAACAGAGUUCAAACAGAUGUUACGGAAAAUCUCCCUCAGAUUGUCUGCAAUUUUAAGAGCAAGGGCAUUCUGAUAAGGUCUAAUAUUACUACACGUCCUCACUUUUACAAAAAGAAAGAAGGAAAAGAAGAGACUACAGAACAUUAACCAACUUACUCUGAAGCUUAUCGUAAAUCAAAACUAUCCUGAACUUAUCAAAUGAGGCAGCAAUUCAGAAAAGCACUUUAGCACAGGCUUAAUAACAUAUGCAUGCUCAAAUGUUUUGCAGUAAUGUAAUUGUACAUCUGAACACCUGGUAAUUUACAGUUUUGGCUUUUAAAAGUUGGUCUCCCUAUCUGCCCAUGUGAUUCAGCAACAAUCUAGUAUACGAGCCAUAACAAUAAUUUCUGCAAGGAAAUAGAGUAGUACAGCAAUCGCAUGGUAAUUUAUGAGACAACUCUAUUGUAAUGCCACAUCACAACAGGUACCUGCAUAUUUGCACCUGGUAAAUUAAAGUGAUACCAAUACAUUUGAUAAAUAAAAAAUAAAUUACAGACUAUGGGAAAAAUGUCACUGAUCACACCAAUGACCUAAACUUGUUUUCUAAUUACAGCCAAGGUCCGGAGUAAUAUUUAAAUAUAGCAUUUCUGUAAGCCUUCAGAGAAUUACAAAAUAAACUUUUAACAAUCAUUUGUAAACAAGUUUAAAAUGCACAAUUAUAUUUCAGUAGUUUAUUUUGGAGAAAUAAAGCAGUGCAAAAUAGGCCAACCAAAAUUCAGAAGGCAGCCAGGAAAAUAAAAUUCUUAUUUGAUGUUCUAACUAGGAAACAGCAUACAGACAUUUCAAUUGGAUCCGACGCUCAGAUUCAUGUAAACAUACUUGGUUUGAAAGGUCUUGAGUUACUAACCCAGUUUUAACAUCAUCACUUCUUCCCCACCACCCAAUUAAAAACAAAAACAAAACAAA